ACCAUCGACCAUCUCAUCAAUAUUCCGAAUAUAACCAUAAUCAUAAUACAAUGGCACUCUACACCCUCCUCCUCGCCCUCUCCAUCUCCACUACUUCCCUCACCCUCCAUCCCCGCUCUAUAACUCCCCCCUCUGGCUGUCCCAUCCCCACCUGGCGCGUCAACAACUUCCACUGGUUCAACAGCUCCCAUAGCCUCGACUGCAUCCACAACGAAGCCGACAUUGCCGCAAAAGGCUGUCUCUGCGGCCGCGCCUGGUGCGAACCCAACCCCGCCACCUGCAACGGCACCAUGGCCAACGUCUGCUACACCGGAAUGCCAAACUACGAACCGUGGGGGUACGGACCGCCACAAACCCUUGACAUCGAAUUUGACGACGGCCUCACCUGCCACGAUGAGUACAUCGGAUAUCGGAUUCACGAUAUCGGGCAUGGGGAGAGUAACUGCGGGUAUGCGGAUCGAAGUCUAGGCAGGAUUGUAGCGUUUUAUGGGAGCUCGAACGAAGCCAGUUCCGUGGGGAGGUUGGAGUAUACGUUGGGGAGUGGACAUGCAUUGAAGUGUGAGAAUGGGAGUAGUAUCACGUAUGGGGGGAGUGUGGAGUUUGGGCUAGAUUGUGUGCAUGAUGAGUUUUUUAAUGCGACUUGUACGGCGGAGGCGUUUGAGGUGCCGGUGUUGAGUUAUCAGUGGGUUUGAUUGUAAGCAGUAUAGGCAUCCUAUUUGGAUAUUCCGGAUGAAUCUCGAUAGGGUCCAAUAUACUCCUCCAACUUAGGA